AUGGCUGGGUCCCGUAGGAGUCCGGUGUUGAGAGACGAGUGGAGCGCCGCCAACAACGCCAGUGAUCACGACAGACAAAGGCCUCGACACUCUCGUCCUUACAACCGUGAUAGGGGCAGGGACAAACAUCGGGAUCGAGACCGUCCUCCCCGGCCCAAAUACGGCGGAUCAAAUCGUCCGUUACGGUCGCCGCCACCCUCGCGUGCAUUUGGUCGUCCCGGCCGCGAAGGGCCUCACAAACCUCGCGAUUUGCCUAUAGAUACACCGAGAGCUCGUUCCCCUGGUCCGUCAGAAAGUGGAAGGAACAUAGGUUUUCGUCGUUUCUCGCAGUCUUCAACAGAUCAUCUGGAUUACCGUCCGUGGGAAGCCGAAAAGGAACCCCGAAGAGACGACUCCCCAUCGGCACCACCGCCGUCAAAACGCAAAAGGACGCGGAGUCCAUCGCCUGGUCGCCCUCCACACCGUCCUCCCCAUCCUCCGCGCCAUCCUCGUCAACACCGCAAACACGGCCAGGGUUUUGACCGAGGCUCUUUUCCCCCGAAACGUGGACGUUUCCCAGGUCGCGGUAGAGGCGGUCGUGGGCCACCUAGACGAGGGAAAGACCGGCGUCGGAACGAUUUUGGACGCGUCGGUUCUCCAGCGAGAGAUUCGUUGUCCCCCGGCCGUGGAAGAGAUUCUUUUUCACCACCACCUCGUAGGUGGUCACGCAGCCCCCAUCCGGAGGACGAUUUUGAAAGAGAUUUCCGUCAUCGAUCUGUGUCCCGUCAUUCAGCCCGAUCUGUAAAUUCUAAGGUCUCGACGCUUUCUCACCGUGAUUCUAGAGGCGACCUGGAAAUGAAUUCGACCAGGCCAAUGCGGUCUAACUUUGACUCCGCCAGAUCGCCUUCUCCUUCCCGGUCAGGUAUCGACGCGGACGACGCCAGUGUUUCUGGUGACGGUGAUGCUCCACGCUCCCGAACUUUCAAGCCACUUGUUGGCACCAGACACUUUGAGACAUCACCGCAAUACACAACGUCAAAUUCCCCUCGCCCUACGUCUCCGUACUCGUCGGGUCGGGGCUCAUGGGGUGGACAACCUCCAUAUAAUGGACAGCAGGGGCGGUCUCCUCCAUCUCAACAGAAUAGCUAUCCUCCUCCCCCGACUGGUCCGCGGAAUCAGCAAAUUUCUUACAGCAGGCCCCCGAGUCAAUCACCAUAUCAUGGUGGCCACUCUGGAUACCGCGGUGGUUACCAGAAUCAAGGCCGUCGCUUUUCUGGAUCUAACGGUGGGCCUUCUCCCCGUGGUCGAGGUCAAUUUGACGACCUCCAGUGGGCUCCAACACAUCCCCGAAAUUGGAACGGUCCUCAUAGCCCGCACACAGCGUCCGGUCAACCGUCACAAAGUCCACCACCACCGCCCCCGCCAGAUGAUCGAAACUCUCCCCGUUUCAAAGAAGGUGGCCAUCCUUUCCAACCAGUGAGCAGAGAUCAUCCACUAGAAACUGAAGGGCCAAAGCCCACUCCAGAACAGAAUGAUACCCAAAGGAUGCCACCACCUGGACCACAUCCCACCAAUGCACCUACCGGCCCAAGCAAAGGCGGCAAAAUUAGCUUUGCUUUCAAAGCAAAACCUACACCAGCUCCUGUGCCCAAGCCAGUCCCGGAUCUUGCCCAGAGAAUGCAGCCUCGGGAACCUCCACGGAUUGCUGAACCUCCGCCGCCUCGCAGGAUGAUGUCUGGACCACCACCCAGGUUUAAGCCUGAUCCACGAUUUGAUCGUCGUGGAGGACGUGAUCGAGAUAGGGACCGUGAUCGUGAUCGCGAUAGGGGUAGACACGACCGACGUGAUUUCCGUGAGUCCCGCGGAGGAUUUCGUGAACCCAGGGGUGGCCGACGAGGAGAUGAUCGUCGGUUCGAUCGUUUUGAUAGAAGGCGAGGAGACAAACGGCCGGACUUCCGUCCUGGACGCCGCAGGACACGCUCCCCUGACCGUGAUCGAGGUUGGGGACCCGAGCCAGAGCCAGGAUUCGAGCGGGAGCCAGAGCCAGAGCCAGAGCCAGAGCCGGAACCGGAACCGGAACCGAGGAAGCAAGUCAAGAUCAUGACCCGACCGAAGCCACGCCCUACUUUGCCCGAAGAGUUUGCCCAAUCCGACUCUGUAUAUUAUCGAAAACCUGGGAAUGAAUCAGUCAUUGGUGCAGGCACCUACGGAAAGGUUUUCAAGGCUAUCCACAUUUAUACCCAGCAAAAGGUGGCAUUGAAGAAGAUUCGAAUGGAAGGUGAAAAGGAUGGAUUCCCUGUCACGGCUGUGCGUGAGAUCAAACUGCUCCAACAUCUACGAAGCCACAAUGUGGUUAGUUUGCUUGAGGUCAUGGUUGAACGCAACGAGUGCUUCAUGGUGUUCGAAUAUCUUGCCCAUGAUCUCACUGGUCUGAUCAACCAUCCUACAUUUACGCUCACCGCUGCCCACAAGAAGGAUCUAGCCAAGCAAAUGUUCGAAGGUCUCAAUUACCUUCACCAUCGCGGUGUUCUCCAUCGUGAUAUUAAAGCCGCGAACAUCCUCAUCAGCAACACGGGCUUGUUGAAAUACGCAGACUUUGGUCUUGCCCGGUUCUUCUCCAAAAGCCGCCAACUUGAUUACACAAACCGCGUGAUUACGAUCUGGUAUCGACCACCCGAGCUUUUAUUGGGGGAAACCCGCUACGGGCCGGCGGUAGACGUCUGGAGUGCGGCUUGCGUGUAUGUUGAGAUGUUCACGAAGAAGGCCGUCUUCCCUGGCGAAGGAGGUGAGAUCAGCCAACUCGACAAACUUUAUAAUGCCCUUGGUACGCCAACCCGGGCGGAAUGGCCUGAUAUUGUGGAGAUGCCUUGGUUCGAAUUGAUGCGACCGGCAGAGCGCAAGCAGAGGAUUUUUGAGGAACAAUAUGGCACCGUUCUAAGUCCCGCCGCCCUGGAUCUGGUGUCCAAUAUCUUCCAGUAUGAUCCAGCGAAACGGCCCACUGCUGAGGAAGUAUUGGCACAUCCUUACUUUGUGUCUGAGGAACCAAAGCCUCAGCAAGCCUUUGAGUAUGUCUUUUUCUUUUCUUUGUCUAUUUAUUCACUGGUUCUUGUUACUAACCACUUCCUCAGGUUGGAGAAAAUCGAAGGCGACUGGCACGAAUUCGAAUCCAAGGCACUACGCAAGGAGAAAGACCGGGAAGCUCGUCGCGCAGCAGAAUACCAGAAAGAGAAACGAAAGGCAGCCUCAUCAGUGUCCCAGGCCGAGAGGGAUCCGAAGCGUGUCAAGCCGGACUUUGGUGGAGAGCAUCCACCAGCACCAGCACCGGCCGAUGUUUAA